AGUUCCCGCAGCACGUACAGCUCGCUGUCAAACGCGGAAUCCAGGCAGAUAUCAGUUCACAUUAACGGACAGUAAAGCCCGAAAUAAACCACGGCAUCGCGCAGGACAAUGGGAUGAAAUACAUCCGGAACCUGAGCAUCGCGGAUCUGUGUUUGGCGAGAUUUAAGGGCGAAAUAUGAAAGCUACGUACUAGCCAACUGCUCAUGACACAUUAACAACACAAGAGUUUCAGUGUUUCCUUGCGUCUUUUUGGACACGGGACUCUAGAAGGAUGGAGUGGGACAAUUCUGGGACAUUUGACAAGAGUCAAGCUGGUUAACAGAGACGUCAACCAUCUAUAUAACUGUUGUGUAGCAGUGGCUUUCUUAUAUUCUGUUUGUUAACUAUUGUUCUGUCAACUGCCAGCAGAUUAUACAGUGGCCAGGGUGUUUUAGUUUCUGUUUGAUCAUUUUGGGUGAUUUAUCUACGUGUGUUUGGUCGACCAUAAGAGCUCCAGUAUGCAUGACGCAUACGAACCAGUUCCUAUCCUGGAGAAAUUACCCCUCCAGAUCGACUGUCUGGCGGCCUGGGAUGAUUGGCUCCUUGUGGGGACCAAACCAGGCCAUCUCCUUCUGUACAGGAUCAAGAAAGAUGCAGGUACAAACAGGUUUGAAGUUACUUUAGAGAAAUCCAAUAAGAACUUCUCAAAGAAGAUCCAGCAGCUUUUUGUGGUGUCGCAGUACAAGAUUUUGGUUAGUCUGUUGGAAAAUAACAUCCACGUUCACGACCUGCUCACGUUCCAGCAGAUAACUGUGGUGUCCAAAGCCAGAGGGGCCACACUGUUUGCCUGUGACCUGCAGCAGUCCAGCUCUGGCGAGGCCAAACUGCGCAUGUGUGUUGCCGUCAAGAGGAAGAUUCAGCUGUAUUACUGGAAGGACAGAGAUUUCCAUGAAUUACAGGGGGAUUUCGCCGCUCCAGACAUUCCCAAGUCCAUGGCUUGGUGUGAGAACUCCAUAUGUGUGGGUUUCAAACGAGACUACUAUCUGAUCCGGAUGGACGGACGUGGCACAGUCAAAGAACUGUUUCCCACAGGGAAACAGCUGGAACCAUUGGUGGCCCCGCUGGCUGAUGGGAAGGUCGCAGUGGGUCAGGAUGACCUCACGGUUGUUUUAAACGAAGAAGGCGUCUGCACUCAGAAAUGUGCCCUUAACUGGACGGACAUUCCUGUUGCAAUGGAGCACCAGCCACCGUACAUCAUCGCAGUGCUGCCACGCUAUGUGGAGAUCCGCACGCUUGAACCCAGACUGCUGGUGCAGAGCGUAGAACUGCAGAGACCGCGCUUCAUCACCUCCGCUGGAUCAAAUGUCGUGUACGUCGCGAGCAAUCAUUUUGUUUGGCGUCUGGUGCCCAUCUCUAUAGCCAGCCAGAUACGACAGCUGCUACAGGACAAACAGUUUGAACUGGCACUUCAGCUAGCGAAAAUGAAGGAUGAUUCAGAUGCAGACAAGAGACAACAGAUCCAUCACAUUCAGAACCUGUUUGCCUUCAACUUGUACUGUCAGAAACGCUUUGACGACUCCAUGCAGGUGUUUGCUAAGUUAGGCACAGAUCCCACUCAUGUUAUUGGACUGUAUCCAGACCUGCUUCCCUCUGACUACCGCAAACAGCUGCACUACCCCAACCCUCUGCCCACACUGUCUGGAGCCGAGCUGGAGAAAGCCCACCUGGCCCUCAUAGACUACCUGACACAGAAACGCAGUCAUUUAGUGAAGCAGCUGAAUGACUCGGACCCCUUCACCACCUCCCCUCUCAUGGAGGGGACCCCCACCAUCAAGAGCCGCAAGAAGCUCCUUCAGAUCAUUGACACCACUCUGCUUAAAUGUUACCUCCACACCAAUGUAGCUUUGGUGUCGCCUCUCCUGCGUCUGGAGAACAAUCACUGUCACAUAGAGGAGAGCGAGUAUGUGCUGAAGAAAGCCCACAAAUACAGCGAACUCAUCAUCCUCUAUGAGAAAAAAGGCCUUCACCAGAAAGCUCUGCAGGUUCUGCUGGAUCAGUCCACUAAAGCCAACUCUCCUCUGAAGGGUCAUGAGAGGACUGUACAGUAUCUUCAGAGGCUGGGUGUGGAGAACCUGGGCAUGAUAUUUGAGUUUUCACCGUGGGUUCUGAAGAUUUGUCCAGAGGAUGGACUGAAGAUCUUCACUGAGGACCUGACGGAGGUGGAGACUCUGCCCAGAGAUAAAGUGUUGAAUUUCCUGAAGGACGGCUUCAAGGAGCUUGCCAUCCCGUACCUGGAGCACAUCAUUUACAUGUGGGACGAGACACGCCCCGAGUUCCACAAUGUUCUGAUCCAGCUCUACCUGGAGAAGGUGCAAGGCCUCAUGAAAGUGUACCUCAACUCACUGCCUGAAGGUGUUCCAGCUGUAGCUGCAGGAAAGGAGGCAGGAGAGCUGGGGGAGUACAGGAACAAGCUUCUGUCGUUUCUGGAAGUUUCCAGCAGCUAUGAGCCAGAGAGACUCAUCAGUGAUUUCCCAUUUGAUGGUCUGUUGGAAGAGAGGGCUCUUCUGCUAGGUCGUAUGGGGAAACAUGAGCAGGCUCUCUUCAUCUAUGUUCACAUUCUGAAAGACACGCAUAUGGCUGAAGAGUACUGCCACGGUCAUUAUGAUUCUUCAGCAAACGGCAAUAAAGACGUUUAUCUGUCCCUGCUCCGCAUGUAUCUGUCUCCUCCGGAUGUGCACUUCCUCGGGCCUAUUAAGAUGGAGUUAUGUGAGCCACAGGCGAACCUCCAGGCGGCCCUGAAAGUUCUUCAGCUCCACCACAGCAAACUAAACACCACCAAAGCCAUAAACCUGCUGCCAGCCAACACACAGAUCCGAGAGAUCCAGGUCUUUCUGGAGAGUGUGCUAGAGGAGAAGGCUGGGAGGAAGCGCUUUGACCAGGUCCUGAAGAGCCUCCUUCAGGCCGAGUUCCUGCGGGUGCAGGAGGAACGCAUCUUUCACCAGCAGGUGAAGUGUGUCAUCACAGAUGAGAAAACCUGCAGAGUGUGCAAGAAGAAGAUCGGAAACAGUGCCUUUGCCAGGUAUCCAAACGGUGUGGUGGUUCACUACUUCUGCUGUAAAGAUCGCAGCAUGUGUCCAGCGGAGUAAUCAAGCCUGCAGUCUGGAGAUGCCGGAAACACCAAACAUGCCGAGCACAGAGAGCUCGGCAAACGUGACGCAUCUGUGUGAAAACGCCACCGAAGGAAACCACUCUCUUUCUCUAUUUCUCUCACUCUUUCCAGUGGAAUGGAAAAGCCGACACGUCUGUCUGAUGAAAAUAAAUCAACUUCCAAAGUAAAAAACAAAUAUGGACAGUGAGACUAAAUUCAGAUUUGUAAAGUGUAUUACUUUGAAAGCUUUGCCUGAAUGCACAACACAGACCCCUGAGAAGCACUUAUUCCCUCACAUCCCACCUUUUCUUCUUUGCGUACAGUGCAGCUUUUCAUUCAACAUGACGCUUUGUCCAAUGCCUUUAGUGGUGAGGAAAGGCCUGUGUUUGUGUGCACCUUCAGGUGUUUAGGACUGUUACUCUGAGCUGUUUUGCUUCAUUCUGUUAGCCUGAGAUGAAAUCAGACUCCAGAUAAAAACCUUAAUGUGGCCCCUCUACAGAAAGGCCAGCACUGGCGCGCACACUGCAGAUCAUUUACAGUCAAAUACUGGCCUAAUGUUAAUUACAAGUUAUAUAUAGACAAAAUACUGUAUUUUUAGUAAUACAGUAGUUUACCAAAUACAUUUACCUGUAAUACUGUAAUUUUUUCCACUAAAUUGCAGUCUGGUAAAUUACUGUAUUAUUAAAAAUACAGUAUUUUUCUGCAUUCUGAAAUAAUUAAAUUACAGUAACUGGCUGGCAACUUCUGGCGUAGCUGUAUUUUACUGUAAAUUUCACAGUGUUUUUCUGCUAUAGGCUGUCAGAUGGAAGGACGAAUGCUUCCUCUAGUUUCAAAGAUAACUUGUUUACGGCUAGAAGUCUGGAUGUGUAUGUUUUUUAACAAAGGCGUGUCAUCUAAUGUUUCUAGUGGUUUGGGUUGUAUGAGGUUUUGGAGAGCGGACAGGUGACUCCACAAUCACUGUAGCAUGCCACUUUUUCUCUUCUGGUUACUUGAGUGUAGGGCUGUGCAAUUAAUCGCAUGCGAUUAUCAUGCGCAUCUCGUCAGUAAA